AUGCAUUCUUGCAAAAAAUUAAACAUCCACCACUUGAUUACAACAUUGCAUCCUUUGGCUCUGAAAAUGAAAGCGUUUUCGGCGGAAGCAAAAGGUUCAACUAAGAAAGCUGCCAAAGCGAUUUGUGCACUUUCUCUAUUGCAGCAGCUUUUUGAUAACCAUUUGAUUGAUUCCAGUGAUUCUAAAAAAAAUAAAAGUUCGGUGAAAAAUUUACCGAAAAUUCCUGUAAAUGUAAGUGACAAAAUUUCUCGAGAAAUUAUGGAGUAUUUGAAAUUAGUUGGCGUAAACGAAGCUCGUCUUCCAUCAUCACUAUCGGAACCUGUGUCGUUGCUCAUUACUCAGAAAUUGAAUCAUUUUGAGACAUCGGAUUUGGUUUCAGAGAGUUGCGUACUUUGGUCUCCAGCACUUCCAAACUGGAAUCCUUGGAAGUCAGUGAGUAUCGACGAAACUCCACUUGCUUCUAUGUCCCUUGAAGAGAUUAGUACUGCCUUGUUAGACCAAGAAAAAAAGAAAUUUGUUCAGCCUCAUAUUAAAGCUCAACGCAGAUCACUGCCAGUCUUCCAGUUUCGUAGUCAUUUAAUUGAUACAAUUGGAAAUAAUCAAAUAACGCUCAUCAAAGGCGAAACAGGUUGCGGUAAAUCCACUCAGGUAUGCCAAUACUUACUGGAAAAUUACUUAGAAAAUGGUCGUGGUUCAGAGUUUGCCGCAUUUAUUACUCAACCACGUAAACUCAGCGCUACAACAUUGGCGGAGCGCGUCGCUGUUGAACGUGGAGAGGAUUUAGGGAAAUCUGUUGGAUAUAGUGUUAGAUUUGAUUCGUUUCCACCUCGACCAUAUGGAUCGAUGAUGUUUGUUACGGUCGGUGUAUUGUUAAAACGAUUGGAAUUCGGUUUGUGUGGAAUAAGCCAUGUGAUUGUUGAUGAAAUUCAUGAGCGUGAUAUAAAUACUGAUGUCAUACUAAUCAUUUUGCGUGAUAUGAUGAAGAUAUAUCCGGAUUUAAGAGUAGUUUUGAUGUCUGCUUCCAUUGAUACCAAGAUUUUCACCAAUUAUUUUGAUGGUUGUGGUGUCGUCGUGAUCGAGGGACGAAGAUUUCCCGUUCAGUACUACUUCUUAGAAGAUAUUAUUCAAAUGAUUCAGUUCUCACCGUCUACCAGUAAAUCCAAAAAGAAGCAAAAGUAUGAGUGUGAUGAGGAUGGUCAAGAACCAACAGAAGAGGUACAGAACCUGAAUUUGAUUAGUGGCGAUGAAUAUAAUUCAAACACGAAGCUUGCCAUGUCUUUACUGUCGGAGCGAGAAAUACCAUUUGAACUAAUUGAGGCACUUUUGAUUGACAUCGCCAAGGAAGGCGAGAAAGGUGCCGUGCUGAUUUUUUUACCAAGUUGGAGUGCUAUCCAGUGCAUGCUAAAUAUUUUGAGAGCACACUCAUUAUUCGGUGAUAAAUUGCGUUUUGCCAUUUUACCAUUACAUUCGAGGUUAGCUAAACAAGAACAGCACAAAGUUUUUGACCAUUAUUCAGCGGACGUGAGAAAAAUCAUUCUUUCUACAAAUAUUGCGGAGACCAGUGUUACAAUCGAUGAUAUUGUUUACGUCAUCGAUAGCUGCAAGACCAGAGAAAAGGUGUAUACUUCACACAACAAUAUGGUCCAUUACGUAACAGACUGGUCAUCGCGUACUAAUGUUAUUCAAAGGCGCGGACGUGCUGGCAGACUACGUGAGGGCUUCUGUUUUCAUCUAUGCUCCAAAAGUCGAUUUGCAGCGUUAGAAGAACAUCAGAAACCAGAAAUUUUAAAAAUUCCUCUUCAUGAGAUUGCAUUGUCUAUCAAACUAAUAGGACUUGGAUCGGUCGGCGAUUUUUUGGCUAAAGCAAUCGAGGCUCCACCAGUCAGUUCUGUAAUCGAAGCUGAAAGACUUCUUCAAGAAAUGUCGGCUCUCGAUGCAAGCAACGAAUUAACUCCUCUUGGUCGUCUUUUAGCCAAAUUACCUGUAGAACCAGUGUUUGGGAAAACUCUUAUUCUUGCCACUGUGCUUGGUGUUGGCGAUUUGUUUGCGACAUUAUCAGCAGCAUCAUCAUUGGCAGCACCAUAUGUGGUGCAUUGUGGGGCUUCCUCAAUAUCAUCUCAACAUCGAACAUUUGCUGGCACUCGCUUCUCAGAUCAUGUGGCACUUUUGUGCAUCUAUGAUAAGUGGCGCAAAAUGAAAAGUGUAAUGGCAGAAAAAGAUUUUUGUGAACGACUUUCAUUAAGUUCGGCAGUAUUAAAAAUGAUAAGCAAUGUUAGGCGACAAAUGAUAGAUAUACUGAUUUCAUCAGGAUUUCAUAAUUCAUUAUUUAUGCCAGUAGAUAUAUGUAGCCAAGGAUAUGAUAAGAAUAUCGAUCUUGUUCUCUCGUUGUUGGUUUAUGCUCUGUACCCAAAUAUUGGUCAUCUUCGUGAUGAGCGACGUGUUUUUACACUUGAAAAAACCACGGCACUUAUCAGCAAACACUCUGUGAACACAUCUCUUGACAGUACGAAUACUAUCAAAUUUCCAUCUCCUCUGUUCGUUUUUUCAGAAAAAAUCCGCACAAAUAUUAUAUCUUGCAAUCAAAUCUCGAACAUAACGCCCAUUCAGUUACUUCUUUUUGGUGGUUGUAAAGUCGAAUAUCAUGGUGAUAAUAUUAUCAAAUUGGAUAACAUAAUCUCACUGGAAAUGGAUGUACAAGCUGCAUCAAGAAUUGUAGCUUUACGGCCGUGCAUAGAGGCGUUGGUUGUCAAAGCUUGUUUAAAUCCACAGGCUUGUUCUUCUUUACCAGAAAACAGUGAUUCUAAAUUAAUUGCCCUUUUGGAGAAGUUGUCAUCAAAUUUUGGUUGGUCAUCUCACCCUCAAGAAAAACUCGAUGAAGCUCAACAAAUUUGUGGUUCUGUUGAGACAAUUUCCCGUACUAACUGCAUGAGAGAUAACUUCAAUUCUAAAAAAGAUUGUUAA